UUCUCUCUCGGUACAAACUACAAAGUACAAUUGACAGAAUAGAGAGAGAGAGAAAUAAUGAGUGGGGAAGGAACUACCGUUUGUGUAACCGGAGCGUCCGGUUACAUAGCAUCAUGGAUAGUUAAGCUUCUUCUUCAACGAGGUUACACCGUUAAAGCCACCGUUCGUGAUCCUGGUGACCCAAAAAAGGUUGAGCACUUGCAUUGCUUAGAAGGAGCAAAAGAUCGGCUUCAUUUGGUGGCAGCAAAUCUAUUGGAGGAGGGUUCAUUUGAUGCAGCUGUUGAGGGAUGCCAUGGUGUUUUUCACACUGCUUCUCCUCUUCAUAAUGAUCCCAAUAUUACUGAGGCUGAAUUCCUAGAACCUGCAGUGAAAGGAACACUAAAUGUUCUCAAUUCAUGUGCAAAAUUUUCAUCAAUAAAAAGAGUAGUUCUGACUUCUUCAAUGGCCGCAGUUUUGUGCACUGGGAAACCUCUAAGUACUGAGGUUACAGUCGAUGAAAGUUGGUUUUCUGAUCCUGAUUUUGUUCGAAGGACUAAGAUGUGGUAUGUUCUCUCUAAAACUUUGGCCGAAGAAGCUGCCUGGAAGUUCACAAAAGAGAAGGGUAUCGACUUAGUGAUGAUUAAUCCAGGUGUGACUAUCGGACCUUUGUUACAACCAACACCUAACCUUAACUUUGCUAUUUCAUUGAUUUGUGCAGGUUCAGAAACAUAUCGAUUUAUGUUUUUCGGUUGGGUCCACGUCAAAGAUGUCGCUAAAGCACAUAUCUUAGCACUCGAAGUUCCUUCAGCACACGGGCGAUACUGUUUGGUCGAAAGCGUAGCGCCUGGUUCGGAGAUCGUCAAGAUUUUAAAAGAGCUUUAUCCUAACACCAAACUCCCUGAAGAUGAUGUUGAUAAUCCUUUGAAAGCAACAUAUUAUCAAGUUUCUAAAGAUAAAGCUCGAAGUUUGGGCAUGGACGAAAGGAAAAUGAGUAGAGCAGCAGAUGGGAAGAUAGUGUGUGUGACAGGUGCAUCAGGCUACAUAGCUUCAUGGCUGGUUAAGCUGCUUCUUGAGCAGGGUUACACUGUUAAAGCUACUGUUCGUGAUCCCAAUGAUCCAAAGAAAGUAGAACACUUGCUUUCUCUAGAAGGAGCUAAGGAGCGGUUGUACUUGUUUCCUGCAAAUCUGUUAGAGGAAGGUUCUUUUGAUGCUGCUGUACAGGAUUGUCAGGGUGUUUUUCACACUGCAUCUCCCUUAUUUUUUGAUUUUAAGGACCCACAGGCAGAGUUAGUUGAUCCAGCAGUGAAGGGAACACUCAAUGUUCUAAAAUCAUGUGCAAAGGUUCCUUCAAUCAAGAGAGUAGUUCUGACAUCUUCAAUGGCAUCAGUUCUAUACAAUGGCAAACCUUUAAGUCCUGAAGUCGUAAUCGAUGAAAGUUGGUUUUCUGAUCCCGAUUUCUGUAAAGAAUCAAAGAAAUGGUAUGUUCUCUCUAAAACUUUGGCUGAAGAUGCUGCUUGGAAGUAUGCCAAAGACAAGGGUAUCGACAUGGUGACGAUAAACCCUGCAAUUGUCAUCGGUCCAUUGUUACAGCCAACACUUAACGCAAGUUCUGCUGAAUUCGCAACAUUGUUCAAUGGAUCGGAAACUUAUCCUAACAUAACAUUCAAUUGGGUUCAUGUUAAAGAUGUCGCGAAUGCACAUAUCCAGGCACUCGAAAUGCCUUCAGCUAACGGUAGGUAUUGUUUAGCUGAAACUGUUGCACAUUUUGCAGAGGUAGUAAAGAUACUAAAAGAGCUAUACCCUGAUGCAAAACUCCCUGAAAAGUGUGCAGAUGAUAAUCUUUUGGACCCAGCAUACCGGGUUUCACAAGAAAAAGCUCGAAGUUUGGGUAUCGACUAUAUUCCUUUUAAAACGAGUCUAAAGGAAACUGUUGAAAGCCUGAAAGAGAAGGGAUUCAUCAGCUUCUAAGUAUCAUACAUUUUGAAAAAUGCUUUUGCUUGUAAGUUGUAAGUUGUAUCCCACACUGAGUGCCAAUGUAUAUUUUUGGUCUAAUACUUGUAGCAUAAAUGCAUAAUAGGUUAAUUAACUUUGUAUUUGUAUUAGUGGUUGUGCUUGUGCCUUGGAUAAGCACACUGGCCAGUGCUGGUUUUUAUUUUGUACUAGAAAGUUAUUUUGAUAUUAACGGCUUGAUAGUAAUGAGAAUGAUUUAUAGUGUAAAAUUUUAUCAAAAGUUUCAUGUCAUUUUCAUGGUAAUAAAACUUCUAUCACAAAAACAAAAAAG